ACCCUGACUAACAUAGAUUUGUGGUACCAGGAGAAGUUCUAGAGAAACAGAAUUAAUAUGGAAUUUGGAAAUGCCAAAACUGAAAAUAUGGAGGCAGAAAACAUGAAAGCAGAAAAAAAGAAACCUAAAGAUAUGGAAUUUGAGACAUUUUCUACUGUUUCAGCAAUGGAAGCACUCUCUAGUCUACUUUAUCCUGAAGAAGAGGAUGAUUUUGACUUCAAACAGGCACAGUACUUGUCUUCUGCUAGUCCAGAGAAUAUUGGACCACCCACAGCAAAAGAGCAGUUCAAAGUCAUUCCUAUAUCCAGUGGUGAAGCAAAUGACAACAUCUGGGAUCCAGAUGAGGUUCUAGAAGGGGCAGAGCAUGAAGAUGUAUGGGAUCUUCGAGACAUUCCAGAGUACGAAAUUAUAUUCCAACAGAAGGUGGGAACUGAGGAUAUAUACCUAGGAUUAACAAGCAAGGAUCCUUCAACAGCAUGUUGUCAGGAGAUAUUGGUUAAAAUUAAACUGCCUGAAACAAACCCUUCUGAACUUCAUCUUGAUGUCCAAGAGAGGAUCCUUGAUCUUCGCACUCCUAAUAAGAGGCUGUUUGUAAACCUUCCCCAUCCCGUGGAAUGCAGCAGUGCUAAAGCAUGCUAUAUCCCAGAAUGUGAAACACUUGAAGUCACUAUGACACUGCAAAGAGGGUUUAAUUUUUGUUAAUUGUUUUUUUCUGAAACUACAUGGACAAGGAGAAAACAUGGUAAAAAUGGCACUGAUAAUAUUUUUAAUGUUGAAAAUCGGUUAAGGUUUUCUGUAUUCGACUUAUUCUAACAUAUUGUA